AUGGACUUGCGUCAAAAUCCAAAUCGACCACCCAAGCGACAACGGAUAGAUGAGGAAGGCGAUGCCCAUAUUGAGGCCAGCCCCUCUCACCAUGCACCCUCAUGGGGACAGAACUACAACCGUCUUGCCACAACAUCAAUUCACACUCAGCGACUCUCCAAUGGACACCUUGCGACCGAUAUUCCCAGUCAAAACAACCUACCUUUACAGUGGCAUCCAUCAGUAAUUUCCACUAUCCCGGAGCCCGAUCCAUGGCUAUCGCAUUACUCUAUGCUUCCAGCUCAUAUUGCGCCGUUGCAACCCCACGCUCCGAUGCAUUCUACAUAUUACGAGCAGUCUCUCGUUCCUCAGACUUUGUCAAACCAGCCAAACGUGAGUUUGCAGUGGCCAGAGUCAUAUGAGCGACAAGCCUUGUCACCAUUCAUUUCAGGUGAUAGCACACAGGCCCGUCUUCUCGUGGAGGAAAAGGACGCAGGUAUUGCGGAAGCCCAAGACACGACUGUCUGCUUCGGUAUGGUCUUGGGCAUCUCUGCUCGAUGCGAGCAAAAAGGUGCCACUCGGCAAAAUCUACCAACACAGUUUCCAGUCAAGCUCGAAUCUUCAACUCGCUUUAUUGCCGAAAGCAGGACCGAAAUUGUGGGACGCAUAAUGUCUGACCAUGGGCAGGUUUUACAAGGUCUUCUCGACGAGACCUCCCUCGACCUUCACGCCUCGUGUGCAAUUGACAGCUCUCAGGCAUUUGAGCUUCAGAAAGAGCCCCAAGCUCCGACAACGGUACCAUGUUCUCUAGAGAUCACGAUUUACGGUCCAAAGGAAUUGUUUGACGAGCUAGGGUCAUGGCUUGAUGACUACCAAAUCUUCCUGCAAGACCCAAGAGAAUGCCACCGGGAUGUCCCAUACUGCAAUCCGCAUCGGCUUUCAUUACAGGACCUCUCAUCCGCUCAACUGCUCUCAGAUUCCAUCGCCCGAAGUUCUUGUGCUCUGCAGCUAGAGACUAUUCCUCAGCAACCCGAUUUGCUAGACGAUUUGAACAGCCAUGAGGAUCUGGAAGAAGCGUCACAGCCAUCAGCGAUCAAGCGCGAACUCCGAAGACACCAAAAGCAAGCUCUGACGUUCAUGUUACGUCGAGAACUUGGGUGGGAGUUUGAUGGGGGGCCAAACCUUUGGGAGAUAAUGGACACAGACCAAGGAAGACUGUUCUUGAACCGUGUCUCCAAGGCGUCACAAUCGGAAGUCCCUGCUCAGUGUUAUGGAGGCAUCGUCGCUGAUCCUAUGGGACUUGGAAAGACAUUGACGAUGAUCGCACUGGUGGCGACAGAUCUUGAAAGCAGAGGAGAUGCUGUCGAUAUUGAUGAAGGAUGUCAUCUAGAUGUUCCUGCAACUCUGAUCGUUGUGCCUCCUCCCUUGAUGGGAACAUGGGAAGAGCAACUUACCGAGCAUGUUGUUGAGGGUCGUCUGACUUAUCGUCGGCAUCAUCGGGAAGACCGAUUGAGAUCAUUGGACGAGCUCAAAGCUUUCAAUAUUGUACUAACAACAUACCACACGAUUUCUGCCGAAUGGAACCAUUCAAAUAGCUCAAGAACAUCUUUCAUGUACUCCGUCCGAUGGAAAAGGAUAAUUCUUGAUGAAGGUGAGCUUCGUGGUGUCGUCGAUUGCGAUCAAACUAACAGGAUAGCACAUCUUAUCCGCAACGGCAACUCAAGAAUGUCGCAGGCCAUAUGCGCUCUCGAUUCUAGAUCACGAUGGGCGGUAACAGGCACUCCUUUGCAGAACCGACUUGGCGACCUUGCGACCCUCUUCAAGUUCAUCAGAGUACACCCUUACACCGACCGGAGAUGCUUCGAUGCCGACAUAUCACAUCUCUGGAAGGUCGGUCAGUAUCAAGAAGCUAUCAAGCGGCUCAAACGAUUGUCUAAAUGCCUGCUUCUUCGACGCGACAAAGGGACGGUCAGUCUUCCAGCUAGGCGUGACCUGCAAUGUCCUGUCGACUUCAACUCGGAAGAAAGAGCCUUGUACAACAGGUUGCGCGAAAAGGCUAUUGUCAGUAUAGAUGAGGCUAUGUCAAAGGAUGUCGACUCUUCGAAAACAGGAUCAUAUGUCAAUGUCCUACAGCAGAUUGAUUCGCUGCGGCUCGUUUGUAAUUUGGGGCUACACUAUGAUGCUAGACACGGAAAGUCACGACGCAACCCGCAUGCUGAAUUUUGGACGAGUGUCGCGCAAAAUACCUUCAACAUGCAGCGAGAGAUGGGACCGAUUGACUGCCUCCAAUGCUCAUCAACGCUCGAUAUCACGGAGACAGACCUGGAUGAUCCUACAAUUACGCCGCAGAGGCCUCUUUUCUUCAAAUGUCUUUCGUUCAUUUGUUCCGAUUGCGCGCAGCGACUCAAGAACACUGCAAAAUGCACCCACAACCCAUCGUGUAUCGUGGCGCCUGUUUCUAUGAGCGGUCAAGCCUUGGAGUCGACCUUGUCGGAUAUGUUGCCGCAGCCAGAAAGAGGCUUGCCGUCGAAGAUAAAAGCCUUGCUAGCAGAUAUCAAGGCUCUCCCGUCAGGCGAGAAAUGCAUUGUCUUCUCAACAUGGAGGCUGACUCUCGACCUUGUCGAGGCUGGGCUCAAUCAAUCCUCGAUUCCGAGCGUUCGCUUCGAUGGCAAAGUACCACAAAAGGGCAGACAGGGCAUUGUAGAGAGGUUCAGACAUGACCCAUCAGUGCGGGUCAUGCUACUUACUCUAUCUUGCGGUGCAGCUGGUCUCACCUUGACAGUUGCAACUAGAGCAUACCUUAUGGAACCGCAUUGGAACCCGACUCUGGAAGAACAGGCAUUAGCACGUAUCCACCGUAUCGGACAGUCACGGGAGGUGACUACAGUCCGAUUUUACGUGCGAGAUACAUUUGAACAGCAAGUCAUCAAGAUCCAAGAGUCAAAGAAGUACUUGGCAGGGUUGUUGCUAUCGCCACAUGACAAUGGGAGUGCAAGCGAGAAUCUGGGAAGACUGCAGGAACUCAUAUCACUCAUUUAG